AUGGUAAAGCCGCCUUAUCUGAGGGUCUGGUAUGAGGGCGUCCGUUGCAAAUCGGAACGCUCGGCCCACCUCCUUGAUAUGACCGGCCUUGGUGACCCACGAAUAACCGACCCUAUCAUUCGAUUGGGCCUCAAGCUGCGUCACACUGACGUGCUUAUCUUGAGCCAAUUCCUACGCCCCGAUGGAACCAUUCUGCCUCGCGAAGUUUCUGGUUUGACCAAGAGCUCGCAGCUUUAUGUUGAAAUGCUCAUCGAACGCGCUCAGAAUGCAGGUCUCCUCCCGAUAUCAAUCGAUGCCAAUGGGAAGCACGCGUACAAGGACAGAGGACCACAUAUCAAGAACGUUUACUAUGACAGUGACAUAAUUGGUCUGCCAAAGUUCUCCAAACUCAUCCCUAGGUACAAGCCGCCCGCGUAA